CUCCAAAAAUUAGGGGGAAAAUCUGAAAUUAACCCUUCAUAAAUAUCCUUGCAAAAAAAUCUCGUUGCUUUUGGGUACUGUGAAUUGGGUUGUGGCGGGCAGGGGCAGGCUGGGCAGCGGAGGUUCAGUUUCUUUGGCAUCACCGCCGCCAUGGAUUUCAAGCUACUAGCACUUGCGGUAUUUGCAGGGGCUCUGAUGGUUGCCAUUUUUUCCGGCGGCCCGUUGAGGAAGAUGACGAUUUACGGAAUCACGCACUCGAUCCUGAAGCCUUUGUGUCUGUUGGUUGGUGUGUUGUAUAUCGCUUGGACAUUGCUGUAUCUUGUUGCUUGGUGCUUCCGUCUCCUCUUUCUUUUGGCCCGAAUUGUGCGGCGGAAUGUCCCGAGAGAAGGUUUGGCGGAUAGAUUGGACGCAUGGCUCGAGGAAUUUGAGGCGAAGCUCGACAAUGGAAAUGAUAGCAGCAACCCAACUACUGAGACUGUAGCAGCAUCGCAAUCCAAGUCGAAUGAGUCCAUCUCCGGACACGAGCAUUCCACUUGAAUCUUCAAUAUCGUAUCUCAAUUUUUCUUUGUUUUGACAAGGCGAUAUUCUAAACUACUUUAAUUCACGGGAUGGGUUUUACGGAAUGAGGAUUUGUAUUCGGAUGGGUGGGGCACCUUACCCUGCUCAACCGACCUAACUCACGUUUGUGAACUUUGAUAUUCUAUUCCAUUUCCUUCCCUUUUUAUGAGUGUAAAUUGCAAGUACGUUCAGUUGUAAAAGAUUUACUAUCCAUUAAAUUUCACCAGUUUUU